CAGUGAGUCGUAACUCGUAGUUGUAACUAUACAACAACUCUCGUCUUCUCAAAGAAAUCGGUAGCAGCAAUUGCUAAGAUGGAGGCGAUGAUGGGAGCAGUUCAGGAUCAAUCGCAGCAGAAGCAAGCACAACAACCUGCAAAAGCAGUGGAUAGGCUUAAUUCAGCAGUACAACAACAACUAAAUUUGGAGUAUAUCAAAACUCGUGCCAUUAGUCUCUUCAAAGCCAUCUCUCGCAUUCUUGAGGAUUUUGAUCUCAUUUCUCGCUCCAAUGCCGUCCCCAAAUGGCAAGAUGUUGUCGGUCAGUUUUCAAUGGUGAAUCUUGAGUUGUUCAGCAUUGUGGAAGACAUUAAGAAGGCCUCAAAGGCUUUUGUUGUUUAUCCUAAGAAUGUUAAUGCUGAAAAUGCUUCAAUACUACCGGUCAUGCUGUCAUCUAAGCUCUUGCCUGAGAUGGAAGUGGAUGAUAAUCUUAAGAGAGAGCAGUUGCUACUUGGCAUGCAAAAUCUGCCUAUACCCACACAAAUUGAGAAGCUUAAGGCCAGAAUUGACAUGAUUGCUGCAGCAUGUGAAAGUGCUGAAAAAGUGAUAGCUGAUACUCGCAAAGCCUAUGGACUGGAUACCCGUCAAAAGGCGAGCACUAUCCCUAAUUUGGACAGGGCCUUUUCUGCCAAAAUUCAAGAAAAGGAAAACUUACUACGCGCUGCUGUCAACCACGGUGAAGGUUUAAGGUUGCCUGUAGACCAGAGACAAGCAGUUAGUUCUCACCUCCCUUCACAUCUUGUCGAUGUUCUCCCUCUCAGUGAUGCGCAGCAGACUUAUAAUGAUGGAUCUGGUAUGUAUUCAAAGAAUCCUCCUAUGAUGUCUAGCAAUCAGAGUAGUCAGGGUACUCCACAGCAGGCUUCUGGAGCACAGCUUCUUGGAAGAUCAGUGCCUUCUCCUUCUACUGCCACAGUUGCAUCUUCCUUUGAUAAUACAGCAUCUCCGAUGCAAUAUGCAAAUUCUCCUAGAUCUGGUACAAACAUAAUGAAUGCACCUUCUCCCCAGCAGCAAACACUCCAACAGCAACAUCUGCAACAACAGAGGAAAAUGAUGCAGCUUGCUCCUCAGCAGCAGCAGCAGCAGCAGCUUCUUGUUCAGCAGCAAUAUAGACAAUCUGCCAUGCAAGGUUUGACUCAGAACCAAUUACCACAACUACAUGAUAUGCAGACUCAGGCACAUCAGAAGUUCUCAUCGCUGCAAGGACAAAAUCAGAUGCAAUUCUCUCAACCAUUAGCGAGUCAACAAUACCAAGCUAGGCAGCUUGCCGCUGGACAUAUGCAGCAUGCUAUUGGACAAAGCCAACUGAGUCAAGGAGGGCAGCUGAAUCGUCAUAUUGGCCAAUUUUCUGGAGCUGCUAACACAGCAUUAUUUAACGCUGCUCAGAACUCACCUAAUUCUCCAGUGAUUUCCAACAUGUCAGCUACAAUGACGUCACAACCAUUAAUCCCAAGGAUGCAGUUUCCAUUAGGUGGUGCUAACCCCCAAAGAGCGCUUCCUUCUCAAAUUCUCAGUGAUCAGAUGUUUAAUAUGGGAGCAAAUCAAGCCGGUAUGAUGAGUUUACCCCAGCAACAAGUUGGUGCUUUCGGAAACAUGUCGCAGAAUCCUCAGAAUCUCCAACCGAAUAUGGUACCUCUCCAAAAUGCACCUCAAAACUUGCAGAAUUUCCAACAAAGGCAGCCGAAUCAACAGUGAUUUCGUUUAAGAUGCUGUUUUUUGCACAACUUCAAUGAUUUCUACAGCCUGUUUGGAUAUAUUUAAUAUAUGAUGGUAUUGAGAGUUAUUGUAGUAUGUGUCUUAUAGAAACAAAGCCAUACCCGUAAAUAUUGAUGUCCGUGGUAAUGGAAAACAUGUGUUCUUUGUAAAGUUCCAUUCUCACCCUUUUGCUAGAGAAUUUUGCAAACUCAUUUCCGUUACCAUAUUUUUUAUCAGCUGCCGAACAGGCUGCUAGUUUGUUUUGUAGCCUCCGUAAAUGCGAAUAUGCGUUGUUGUAGUUCAUCGGAAGUGAAAUGUUUCGGAUGUGCGCUUUUAAUAGUGAUUACUUUAUUCUGUAUGAGAAUAUCUUAGACGCUGUAAAUGCCCGACUGACUUGUAAGAUUAUGCCUUGUAGUUUGCCAUUUUGGAGAAUAUUCAAAUGAUGCAAGCGUAAAAUUUUGUAUCUGCAAGAUUAUACAACGAUGAUUACUUUCUAACGUAAUAACAAUGGUUUUGUAUCUCAUCUCCAUUUAA